GGAUAAAUUUAGUAAUGUUGAAGCUUGAAAAGUAUUUAGUUGUAUACAACCUGUAAACAAUAUUUGGAAUAUCUUGGACAGUAUCCAAUUAGCGGACAAUUGCGAAGAGUUACGAUUUAACCGUCGUUAAUUUAUGCUGUCCAAUCAUUAUUGACUUUACGCAUCACGUGGGUGUGACGUUUACAUGUAAACAUAAAAAACAAUAACAAACUACAAGACACUGAGCACGUCAGUAAAUUGCGACGUAUAUUCCUGAAUCCACCAUGAAUGUGUUGAAUAAGGACGAAUUAGGGGGCCUAAACGAGUCAUGGGUGGAUGUUUACAAAAAUGAGAGUAGUGAGAACUCCAGUAAUGGAGCAGGGUCUCCCAAGAAUGAGAAUUUCCAACAAUCAGGGCUGUACACACCACUGAAUAUAGAAAAAUUACUGCAAGACGCGCAACGAGAAAGUGAACAAAAUAGUAGAGAAACCUCCACAAGGACAAGCCCGAAAAUAAGGACACCAACCGAGGGAGAAGUAACACAG